AUGCCCUUUCAAAAGGCUUCACGAAAAGACGAUGACUACACUCCACAGGAGCUGCUGACGGCAGCGGCGGUGGAGUACAAAAAGUUAGAGGCCGCCAAUCAAACCGCCAUUGAACGCAUGUAUGGCGCUUUGUCCUCACCAUUCAAGGUUUCGAACAAACCCUGCGAGGUUCCUCGUUCGGCGGUGUUGCGGUGCUUUGAAAAGAUGAUGGGCACAGUGAGCAACAGUAGUGGUGGUGGUGGCGACGGAAGGACUGCCACUUCCGAAGAUGUUGCCAAUCUUACCGCAACCGCCGCCGUCAACGGCAGUAAUAGCGGCACUGACAGCAGUAGUAGUAAUGAUGGCAGUGCCCCGAUAUCGUCAAUGUCGGAGUUUCCUCCAGUGCAUCAUUGUUACGAGGUGGUUCGUGAAUAUGAGACGUGUGUCUUGGGCAAGUCGCUAGCGCAGCACAACAGCCUUCUAGCGGCCUUCGAAUCCCGUCGCCUUCAUGAGGCGGAAGUGUCGGGAGAAGAAGCGACAGCAGCAAGAGUAGCAGCACCGGCGAGUGGUGUGUGA